ACUUGAACUGUGUAGAUCAUUUCAAUAAGCGCAAAAUGUUGAAAGUAAUAUUUUUUCUAAUAAAUUUGCUCAUAUUCGUAGUGGGCAUACAAGCCGCCAGGAUGGUUUGUUAUUAUGACUCAGCGAGUCAUAUUAGAGAAGGUCCGGCUCAAGUAGCCCCGCAAGACUUAGAGCCAGCCUUGCAGUUUUGUCAAUAUCUGGUUUACGGUUAUGUCGGUAUCGAUCCCGAGAACUACCAGUUACGCCCUGCUAAUAUGGAAUUAGAUGUAGCACGAAAUCACUAUCGCACAGUCACCAACUUGCGCCGCAAUCAUCCCCAAUUGCUAAUUUUACUGUCUGUGGGCGGUGAUCGCGAUCACUUUGACCAGACACUUGAAAAUCCAUAUCUCAGAGUGCUAGAGAAUCAGGCGCAUCGCAACACAUUUGUCAAUAGCGCUUUGACGCUUUUAAAAAGUUUUGACUUCGAUGGUCUCGAUUUGGCUUGGCAGUUCCCUAAAAAUCAUCCAGUAGUGGUGGAAAACAAAUUGAAAAAGGCUUGGAAAACCUUCAAAAGUUGGUUCUCAGGUAGCAAAGUUGUUGAUGAGAAAGCAGAAGAGCACAAAACACAGUUCGCAACUCUGGUGCGUGAAUUGAAGGACGCCUUUCGCAGUGAUGGACAUAUUUUGACUCUAACGAUGCUCCCGCAUGUGAAUGCCAAUCUUUUCAUCGAUAUUCCCAGCGUGAUUCCUUUGGUUGAUUUCGUCAAUCUUGGUAGCUUUGACUUUCAAACACCGGAACGUGAUCCGAAGGUGGCGGACCAUACCGCACCCAUAUACGAAAUGUUUGAACGCGAUCCCACUCACAACAUCGACUACCAAGUGCAGUACUGGCUCAAUAACUCAGCACCUAGUAAUAAAAUUAAUAUUGGUGUACCGGCGUACGGGCGGUCGUGGGUGAUGUCAAGCGAUUCAGGUAUUACCGGCUAUCCACCGAUUGAGCGCACGGAAGGCCCAGGACCUGCUGGUAAACAAAUUCGUAUUCCUGGCUUACUGAGUUGGCCAGAAAUCUGUGAGAAAUUGCAGCGUGACAAGGAGUUGGAAGGCGAUGACGCCCCAUUACGCAAAGUGGGCGAUCCGCGCCAGCGUUAUGGAAGCUAUGCAUACCGUUCGGCCGACGACGAGGGGCUUUAUGGCUUGUGGGUGGGAUAUGAGGAGCCCAGCACGGCAGCUACUAAAGCGGGUUAUGUGUAUGCUAAGGGUUUGGGUGGUGUGGCUCUGUUCGAUUUAUCACUGGACGAUUUCCGCGGCCAAUGCGCAGGCGAGAAAUAUCCAAUAUUAAGGAGCAUUAAGUUCAAAUUGUAAACGAAAUAAAAAAAUCAUGUUGUUUAAGGAUUUCAUGCACGGCAGUGAGAGAAAAAAUACAAUAAUUAAACAUUUCACUAAAAUACAUA